AUGGGCGUGCACGGCUUGACGACAUACCUUCGAGAGAACAAACGCCAUCUCUCUCGUAGCGUCCAAUUCUCCCCACAGUCUGAGGCCAAAGUCCCAGUACCGCUAAUAAUCGAUGGAUGGUCAUUGAUAUAUGCCCUUUACGACGAAAGCAGGCAGCCAUGGGCGUUUGGAGGAGAGUAUGCACUCUUUCAUGAUGAUCUGCAAAGGCUCACUCGAGCGUGGCUGUCUAUGGGCUUAAAGCCUUACUUCGUGUUCGAUGGCCCAUAUCCUCCCCUGAAGCACAAGACGCAAAUUGCCCGUGCACAUCAAAGCAUCAUCCAGCCGUCCAUCCUGUUUUUCAGGACAUCUUCGACUUCUCGAUCCACAGCUCGUUUCAUGCGCGAGAAUGCGAUUCUACCUCCACUCUGCUAUACGACGACUCUGACAGCCCUUCGCGACCUCGGAGAUGAAGUUGAACUUCACAUUGCCGACGAGGAGGGAGAUCCUUACAUGGUGGAACUUGCAGCACGGGUUGGUGGCUACGUGCUCGGACAGGACUCCGACUUCGUCGUAUUGAAUGCAGAGGGAUACGCAGGAUACAUACCAAUGGAUGAGAUGCUUUGGAUGACAUCUGUCAAUGGGCCUGCAAAUCAGAGUACUUCAGAUGACGGAUUCGUUGUCGCACGUCCGAAGGGCAGAGGCAACAAGGCUUCAGGCCCCGAUGCAACACUGGGCCUAUUUCCUCCAACUUUUGGUACUAUCGUAUCCUUGCAGUGCUCUGUGUACAGCCCCAAAGCUCUUUCUGCACAUCUGCGGCUACCACUAUCUCUUCUUCCGGUUGUCGGUGCACUAGUCGGAAACGACUAUACUGCGGAACGCCGUCCUGUGAACAACAUCUUCUUCGACCGGGAAACAACCUCUGCCCAGCGCAUUGCACGUGCCGCGAUGGCAGUAUCGUCUGUUCUUGCAUCUGCGAAUACCCUAAAGCGACAGAAGCGGCCCCUGAACAGCAUCAUGGACGUCAUUGAGGAGUCUGUCGAUGUACUGCUCGUGCGGGCACCGCCUAACUUCACAACUGGAGAGCGAGCGACGCUCAUAGAGAAGACUGUCGAAGCUACGCUCCAGUAUGCAAUCCCCUCACGGGCGUCCGGUCCUGAGACAGACCUCUGGCGAACCCCCUUUUGCGCGCUGCAUCUUCCUGCCGCGUGCCCUCUCGUGCAAUACAUGUCGUUCCCAUUGGACAACGACGUCGAGGACGAGGAAAUUCGCCCUUUCCGAACCUCCGUCCGCCAGAAAUACAUCAGCGCAUACCGUUGUGGACAGCUCAGUCCGCGCAUAGUCGAUGCGCUUCAUACCGCGACGGCUUGGCCCCGACAAUUCCUGGAGAAUCCCGAUCUGGAGUGUGUGGCGCGUUCUAUCGGGAGGCCUCUGCGCGAGUACGCGUAUGCCAUCAUUGAAGCUGGUGUAGGCCUACCUCUACCGAAGGGAGAUGAUGAUGAAGACGGCACUGUCGAUGGAUUGGAGGGAGACUCUGACAGCGACUCGGACGAAUUGAUCGAUGUCGUGGAAGAGGAUUCCGAAACCGAUGAGGCCGAAGACCCGCUCGCGCCCCUACACGGCGCUCUCCAGAAGCUGCGCCUCGACUCUGGUAUGACGACGGACUCGUCCGCCGCGUCACAAGCCACCUCUGCCAAUGUUUCCGCGCGGCGUGUAACUGUCAUUGAAUAUAUCCGGAGGGGUACCCGCUUGGCCGACGAGCAGGUUGCGGUCCCCUAUCUGCCGCGUUUGAUCGCAUCAUUAGGCGGCGAGGAUGUUUUCCACGCCGACAUUUCUCGUCCACCCGCGUUGUGGCACGAGGACUCGAGGCUUACUCUCUUCCUCCGCAUCGUCGACUCAGAUAACGCCAAAGUACGCGCACUAUCCUCAGUUGAGCUCAGUCCGGUACUGGCACUACGGCAUGUCGUACGAUCCCUCGCGAAGCGCGCAAGUGGAGUGGGCGCCAGUCGUGAACGCGAGGCAGAGAGGUGGACCCAUAAAGAAGCGCGCGCAUUCCUUGCGGCCUUUGCGUCCCAGGCUCAGGGCGACGCCUAUCCCGACAUCACCAAUCGCAACGUGCAGCUCACAGCGCAAGUAUGCGCAUCUAUGGACGCGCUGGAGAUACUUGCGCAUACACUGCUUCUCGCAGAACGUGCACCUAGCGGAGCGCAUCUCUUCUCCGGGAAGCACUUCCAUGCUGCGCUCGUAUCUUCCGAAGGUCCCGAAGUGCCCGGGCACAUCUGGGAUGCCGCCUGUGAGGGACUUGAAGGCAGCUUCGCUCCGGAGCGGGAGAAGAAAAGCAAGAAAGAAAAGAAGAAUGCACGUCCCUCGGCUUCGACUGUACCCGGGAAGAAGGUUGCGUCAGCACAAGGGCGAAGUGUGUUUGCGCUUUUGGGAGACGCGGAGGCAUAG